CAUUUGUCCGUUUCUCAAAUGGAUACGUCUGAGUUUAAGGCUUAGAUCAAUUGGUAACCAUGUCCGUUGUGAUCGGGGGAUAUUCUCUUGGGUCCGAUUUCUUGGGUCACGGUUCACAGCCGCGUCCGCUUUUGUGCUGCGAUCAAUAACAGGGGGAAACCCAUCUCUGUGCUCGAUAGCCUCUACCGGUCGUCCCAGCCCUUCUCUUCGCCCGGCGGACCUAGGGCGCCGAGGCGUGAAGACUGUGGCUUCCUCCAAGAAUCAUGGUCACUCAUCGAUUGGCGGCCUUUGAGGUCCAACUCCUCGUCAUUCGCUGGGACAAAGCAGGUUUGAUCCCCGUCCCGCAGUCAGUGGCUGCCUCGAGACAAUACUCGCGACCGGGGUGGUGAAAAUAGUUCAUUGUACUUUGUACACGUGCACCACCACGGCCCAACGCUGGCCCGCUCGACCAUGCCCGAUAUGCAAGCCAUUGAUCUGACGGGACUAGGUAGCAUCGCUUCCGUUGAGACACCGCUGAUUGUGGUAGCCAUGACGCGAGAGUGAAUAGGAACAGGACAGGACCUGCAAUCCUCAUAUAUCAGACAUGGUAUGGAUCAUCUCCCCAGAUUUCCUCCCAUCUCUCUCCCUCUAGAGACUGCAUCCCCCUUCCUGUCGCUAUUCAUUCACUCGUUGUACAUUCGUUCAACUCCAAUAUGGACAUGAUGAGGCUGAAGCUUGUCGGCCUUGCCGCCUCUCUUCUUGUCACCUUGAUUCAGGCUGGGGACACCGGAGACAGCGGCUGGGGCUCAAGCUCCUGUGCUACUGUCUACUCUACCGUGUGGUCGGUGUCGACAGAAUAUGUGCCGACCACAACGACCGAAGAGAAGACAGUUUACUCCACCGAGACCGACUAUGUGACCAUCACGACCACCGACACAGUCUAUAUCACCGACACAACCACCCAAAUAUCGGUCCAGCCAACAACCAUCGUGGAUGUCACCACUGAGACAGACGUCGAAUCCACCACUAUUGUCAGCCCUACCACCAUUGUUGAAAUCUCCACCGUCGUCAGCGUCCAAGCAACCACUAUCACAGACAUAGUCCCUACCACCAUCAUUAGUGUGAGUGCAACAACAGAGACAGUCUCGACGUACCCAGGGCUCGUUACGUGUACCUCGAGGAUCGUCAACCCCACUUAUACACCCAAGGCUGCCUUGCCCACCAACUACCUUUGGGGAUGUGCUCCUGGCACCAUCUGUACUCCUCCACAGAUUGGCUGCAACUGGGAACAAAACCCCCCUGCUGAUACAUACGUCUGCGCUCCGGAGGAAUGCAAACCUGUUCCCGAGCUCUUCUUGCCGGCAAACCUCAGCUCCCUCUGGCCCAACCCGACUGACAGCACCUGCGCUUGGGACGAAGCACCCCAAGGGUACUUCCACCUCAACCCACAGCACUUUGGACUCAGCUUCGCCAUCUUCGAUGUCUACGGCCAGCCCCUUUGCCCGGCUCCAACCACGACAUCCACUUGGGCCGACUGGGUUCAGUCUACUCCUCCACCCAAGCCCACAUCUACGUGGGCUCCCAAGAUGCCCAGACGUGGAUUGAUGGCAAAUCCAAUCGCUGAGAUUGUGAGCCGACAGAACUUCCUUAGCGCUCCAGCACAGUGUUACCGCAUCUAUGAUGCUGCAAGUCAAGUUGGCCAAUCGGUCGGCCUGGUCUAUGACCUGCUCUGCCCCACCGGCACGCAAUUCCAGGACGCCCUCACACAGUGUCGCGCAUGCUCUCAACAAUAUGCUAGCAGUGCGACAGGCACGGAUACCUUCCCAGAGCUCCAGAACUACUUCCAAUAUUGCCAGACCCAUACAUCGUAAAGAAUAGGACUACAUCUCACAGGCACCGUGGAUUCAGCCUUGCCGACUCAACCACGACACGCCAUCGGCGGUCUUCAACGGGUCGUUGAAUCUCGACAACGCAGACCUGGAUUGGCUCAUGAUGUCGUGGUUGAAUUUUAUUGCCACGCCUUGCAAUAAAAUGGUUGCGAGGCACGGUCGGGCCGCUAUAGAGCAUCAGGAACUGUGAAGCAACUCUUUUCAUUGUUGUAUAUACCCCUUUCCUACACUAUCUCCUCCCAAAGUUGCUAUUUUUGUUGCCGGGCAAGCUUCGCGAAUUUGACACAAAAGCAUUUCAAAGGGGGUUUGUUUGGCCCCGAUGAGACUCAAUGACCUGGUUGAUGUGGAAAGACAGAAAGAAAGAAACGACGUCACUCCUUCACGAUGGACCAUGCGCACAACUCAUAUAAUGAUAAUACAAAUGGCGAAAAGUCAUUGCAGUAAAA